AAACCUGACCAACUUUAUUACGUGACGUUUUUAUGUGAUGAGUCUAUUCGCUUGGCAACUUUUGUUUAUUAAACAUGGGUACAUCACGCUUCAUAUUAGUCCAAUCAUGUUUAUUGCCAUUAAAUAAAAUUUAAUAAGUUUUGGAGAAUAUCAAUUAUGUCUAAAGGUACAACCAUUAAAGAGGCUCUUGCCAAAUGGGAAGCUGAUACUGGCCUUAAGGCUUCAGAAGCAGAGCAUAUUAAGUUGAUUGGUCAAAUUCCUCCUAUUGAUAAAAUGGAUGCAUCUCUUUCUACACUUACAAACUGUAUAAAACUUUCCCUUUCCACGAACUGCAUUGAAAAGAUUGCCAACUUGAAUGGUUUGAAAAAUUUGAGGAUUCUCUCACUUGGUCGAAAUGGGAUUAAAAAUCUUAAUGGUUUGGAAGUAGUCGCUGACAGUUUGGAGGAGUUAUGGAUCUCUUACAACAGUAUAGAAAAACUGAAAGGAAUAGGUGUUUUAAAAAAUCUGAAGGUUUUAUAUAUGUCAAAUAACCAAGUAAAGUUAUGGGAAGAGUUUCAAAAAUUGGGAGAACUUCCAAGCUUAGUUGACCUUUUAUUUGUUGGUAAUCCACUAGAAGAAAAGCAUACAUCAGAAGGUGAUUGGAGAGAUCUAGCAAUAGCAAAACUUCCAAAGAUAAAAAAACUAGAUGGCAUACCAGUGGUUAGACAAGAUGAAGAUGAAGAAUAAAAGAUUAUGAUGGUCUUCAACGUAAUAUCGACGGUUAACAACAAAUUCAAUGUUUUUCAAUUAGCUUCUUUACAAAGUUUUUAUUAACAGUUUUAUAUACAGUUAUAUACAAAUAUGCACUUCCUUAAUGAAGAUGACUAUAUUGAGUUA